CUGACCUGUCCCCAGGAACCCGCCGGGGGCCCCGUGGAAGGGGGGCACAAGCGCCGGGGGCUGUUGCAGGUACGGGCAGGGCUGCAGCCCUUGGGGAUGUGACUCAUCCUCGGGGCUCGCCCUGUUCUGGCGCUGGCGCUGGAGGUGAGGCUGCUCCGGUGCGUCCCGUGUCGAGCUGUACGGGGUACACGAGGGCUUUUACCCCGUGGGACGGGCUGCGAUGGGCCCGUUCUGCACCUAACGGGGAUGGGAGAGAGGGGGGAGCCUUUGCAGAGCUCCUUCGCCUGGUCGCGCCCCCUCUGCAGGGAGCCCCAGCUGCCCUCAAGCCCUGCCGGACCCCCACAUGGACACCGAGGUGCAGGCCGGUGCUGAGGCACUGUCGGAGGGAUGUUCGCUGGCCGAGGUAUCGGAGGGGCCCCCGGCGCAGUGGACGGUGCCGGAGGUGUGCGCCUGGCUGGGUGCGCGGCGCGGGGACGGGGACCUGGCGCAGCUGGCGGCCGAGCACGCGGUCACCGGCCGGGCCCUGCUGCGACUGACCGAGGGGACCCUGCGACGCAUGGGGGUCGCCCCCCGCAGCCGGCGCCGGGAGCUGCUGCGGGAGCUGCUGGGGCUGCGGCUGCAGCAGGAGCUGGAGGAGCUGCUGAGCAUCGCCGGGGGUGAGCAUCCCCCGUAGCGCAUCCACGGGGGGCACCGGCCGUGACGAUGCCAAGGGUCCCCCCAGAUGGACUGCGGUCCCCUCUGUCCCCAGAGUGACGUGGACGAGAGCUUGCGGGCAGGGAGGCGAUGCCAUGGGAUGACAAAGCGGUGGCUGGAAUUAAGCACGCAACAUGGCAACGGUGCUGGAAGGAGUCCCGAGGCCACCGUGUCCUCCAGUAAAGCCCAAACCUGGCUGGCGAGGCAGGGCUGCACGAGAAGGUGCCUGCCCUCGUGCCGCGCCCUGUGAGCCACCCGCUGCUGGGUGACACCGGCUCCCACAAGGUGCCCACUGCGCCCUGCGGGGUGUGGGAAUAAUGCAGCAGGGACCAUCCCCAGCCACCAGAUCCUGCUGCAACCCCAUGGUGCGAGGGAUACAGGGACACAGAGGGGUCACACCUUCCUUGGCAGUGCUUGGGAGCAGCACAUCGAUGGGGGAGCCCACAAAGGAGGAGCCGGGGCACCCUCUGCCUCCGACCCCGGGGCUGGCGGGAUGCGCAGAGCAACGGGGCAGGGCUGAGGGCCUCAAUAAACGUGGCUGGAGCCGUGAAACCACCGGAGUGGCCGUGCUUGAGGGAUCUGCCGCCCCUCAGACAGCGAGGAGGGGCAGCCUGGGCUGUGGGCACGAGGUAGAAGGGUCCCC